GACCAUACCUACCGACGCGCGCUCGCUAACAGUACACGUGUCCUAUCGCCCUCCAAAUCGCAAAACAUACACCACAAACCACAACAAUGGACAUGCUCAACAUCCUCCCAGACACCAUAAAAACCUACCUCACCCUCCUCCUCACAACCUACCCAUCCAUCCUCACCCCCAUCUUCCACACCCUCCACAUCCUCCGCACGCUCGCCCUGCCCCUAAUCGCCCGCCUGACCACCGCCCCCGACCUCUUCAGCCUCGGCGUCCUCGUCAUCAUCCUCUUCGCCUCCUUCUACCUGCUCCAGAUGCUCGUCAGCGCGGUGCUGUUCUGGGUGCGAUUCGCGUUCAAGGCAGCGCUGUAUGUCGGGAUUGCGGUUGCGGCGCUGUAUGUGUAUGCGCGUGGGCUGGAGGGGACGGUGGAGGAUGUUAGUGCGGCGGUGGGGGCGUGGAUGGGCGAGGGGGAGGCGCUGCGGGAGAAUGCUGAUCGGUAUUAUGCUGGUGGGCCGAAUAGGAGAGGAUAUGUGAGGCAGGCUAAUACCGGGUGGAGACACCGUGUGUGAUGAUGGAAUAUGGGGUUGUGGUAUUCUGGGUAUGGAGCAUUGAUUUGUGUGGUGCGUUAUGGGGGUUUUGAAAGCAUGGCGUACUUGGAGUAUGAGGAAUGGGAGGGACCAUCUAUUGAUGUUGAAGGGAGCCUGUGGAUCAUAUGGAUCUACGGCUUCGAUAUACGACAUUUACUCACGCUGGCGCUGCAUUUUGCGAUGGGUGUAAUCUACGGUAUAUGUCUUCAUAAGAGCUUUGUCACGACAGCAACGGUAUGCUAUCAAUCCAAUGAUAUAAGAAUCAUAUUGGUCCUCUACUUCACCCUUUAUUCCCCCACAAACCCACGUUUAUUCUCCUUAUU